CCGUUGCAUCAGUUCGUUUGGAGUACUCGUCCGCGCAUUUUCAAAGUGAGAGUGAUUUGCAUGAGUCUUUUUGAUAAAAGGAAUUGAAGUUAAUGUUUGAUUUGAAGCUGGAUCGCAAUCGCUAUAUGCAAAAGUAGAGACUGAAUGUUAAGGCAAAACGAUGAUUAAGCGCCUAUUGUUAUUUCUAUUAGUGUCGAUAUGUAGUGGCGUCACCGUUGUGAGCGCUGGCGGCUUUCCAAAUUAUCAUGCGCAUUUUGAUUUUAUCGCGUGGGAUAAGCAUAGUGUGGCGGCGAAGGUGAAUGCUUCGCAGAAGUGGUGGCAAUCGGCGGCGUUCUAUCAAAUCUACCCAAGGUCAUUUAAAGACAGCAACGGCGAUGGGGUGGGUGAUCUGAAGGGCAUCGCAGAGCAGCUGCCCUACCUUAAAGAGAUCGGUAUUGCAGCGACAUGGAUAUCGCCUAUCUACAAAUCGCCAAUGGCGGAUUUUGGUUAUGAUGUCGCCAAUUUUACCGACAUUGAUCCGAUAUUCGGUACACUCGACGAUUUUGAUGCGUUGAUCGCCAAAUCACGAGAAGUUGGUGUGAAAAUAAUAUUGGACUUUGUGCCGAAUCAUUCAAGCGAUGAACAUGAAUGGUUCAAAAAAUCGGCGGCGGGCGACAAUGACUACAAAGACUUUUACGUUUGGCAUCCGGGGCGUGUGGUAAAUGGCACGCGGCUGCCGCCAACGAAUUGGAUGAGUGUGUUUCGUGGCUCCGCAUGGCAGUGGCAUGAGACGCGCAAAGAGUACUAUCUGCAUCAAUUUCUGAGUAAGCAGCCGGACUUGAAUUAUCGCAAUCCGAAAGUGCGCGCUGCCAUGAAUGACGUACUGCGGUUUUGGUUGCGACGGGGCGUCGCCGGUUUUCGCAUCGAUGCGGUGCCGUUUGCAUUUGAAGUAGCGCCCGAUACAAACGGCAAUUGGCCAGAUGAGCCACGGAAUGACUGGGUUGUUGAUCCGGAUGACUACAAUUAUGUUAAACACAUAUAUACCGUUGAUCAGCCGGAGACAUUGGACUUGGUGUAUGAAUGGCGUCGGGUUUUGGACGAAUUUCAGAAAGCGAACGGUGGCGACGAACGUGUCAUGCUAACCGAAGCAUAUUCACCAAUCGAUGUAGUGGUAAAAUAUUACGGUAACGACACGGCAGAGGGUGCGCAGAUGCCGUUUAACUUUCUCAUGAUCAGCUGGCUGUCAAAUGACUCCGAUGCCUACCACUUUGCGGAGACUGUAAAUACUUGGUUAAAGAACAUGCCAGCAGGACGUACAGCCAAUUGGGUGAUUGGAAAUCAUGACCAAAAUCGUGUUGGCUCUCGUCUCGGCGCCGAUCGUAUUGACAUGUUGAACAUGCUGACGAAUAUUCUGCCUGGUGUUAGCAUCUCAUAUUAUGGCGAAGAGAUCGGCAUGACUGACGUAUGGAUCUCGUGGAAUGACACUGUGGAUCCCUCAGCUUGUCACACCAAUCCGGAUAUCUAUGAGAGAUUCUCACGUGAUCCCGAACGUACACCCUUCCAAUGGAAUGAUGCGCAGAAUGCCGGUUUCAGCACAGCUAAAAAGACUUGGCUGCCUGUCGCUGACGACUACAAAACAGUGAAUGUCUUACGCGAACGCAACGAUGCGCUGAGCCAUUUGAAUAUCUACAAACAAUUGCACUCUUUGCGAAACGAGUCGACAUUGCGUCACGGUAGUGUCGAGGUAAAGGCCGUGACACAAAAUGUUUUGGCCGUGAAGCGCAUGCUCCUCAACGAUUACACAUACGUUUUGCUAAUGAAUCUUUAUGAUUCCACAGAAGAAGUGGAUUUGAAGCGCGCAUUCGAUAAUAUACCGGAUGAGUUUGAGUAUGUUAUUGUUACCGGGAAAAGCAAAGCGAAGCGAGGUGACACACUAAAAUCGACGGGCAUUCAAAUAUUACCGAAGGAAGCCGUUGUCUUGCGCUCAGCCACGAAAUUGACAACUACAGUGGGUUAUUUUGCAUACUAUGUGCCAAAAAAUGAGAAAAAUUAGAGCAGCGAGCGAGUUGCUAAAAGUCUGAAAUACUAAUACUAUAGAUAUCAAUGUUUUCGUACUGAAGAGCUUUAAAUUUUUGUAUUUCAUUAAAAAUGUUGUUAGUGUUACAUAUACAUUUAGUUCAUAAACAUUAUGCAAUACUGUUGAAUAAAGUAAGAUUCUUGAAUUGCUGAUAAAGGCGCCCCCUUA